AUGUUUUACUUUUAUUUUGCUGUUUACCAAUCGGUUUUGGUACUAGUCCACAUAGGUUUGGUACCUGACGAAAUAGGAAUUUAAUGUAUCUAAAAACAAAGCAGGCCCAGGUAACGUUCGCAUAUGGAGUGGGACUAAAAAACCAUCCCCGUUGCUAGUGAAGGUGAGCAAGUACAGGACAAUGUAUGAUGGUGAGGAGUCAUGUGACGCAUUCAAUAAAAAGGGUGGUUGUAAAAGGUUCCCCAGCCCUUUUAUCCUGUUCUCCGCACAUUACCGACGCCAAAUUCGGGAGGAAGAACCCGAAAAAAAUUAUUCUUUUGGAGCCUUAAGUCGUUUGGUUGGAGAAAAGUGGAAAAAUAUUAGCAAGGAGGAAAAAGUGCACUUUAAAGAUAAAGCAAGAAAAUUUGCUGUAGAGCGCCUUGCUCAGCAAGAAAAGAAAGCCUUCAACCUGAGCCUGGCAAAACAGCAGCAACAGCAUCAACAGUCUUGGAAUGAACAGCAGCCACGUGCUCCUGGUCACCCACCAGGCCCAAGGACUCAGCCAAGUAUUAACCCAGUCAUUGAAGGAAGUGAAAGUGCUAUGACAACCGAAGGAUACCAUGGUGCUACAUCACAGCAGCUGUUCCUGAAUGAAAACAAUUGUGGUGCAGCUGCAAUAUCCUAUCUGAACUUUGGUGCUCAUAAUAAAAGCAGGCUGGGUCCAGAAGAUGACUCCCAUUGCAUACAUCAUCAACCAGGCCAGCUAACAAAGUAUGGACCAAAUCACAGUGGCCAGAUGACCGAUGAUAGGACAGCAGCUGAUGGUGGAGAAAUUCCUACAGUUGAUGGUCUCAGGACCUAUCCACCAUACCAUCCACUCAUGAAACAUAUGUUGGGCAAUGUAGGGCAUUCACAGGGACCUUCAUUUCCAACAACAAAUCAUGGGGUCAUAGAUGUUCGGCACCCAUUGCCAUCAUCCAAUCAUGGUCUUGUAAAUAGGAGACCGUCAUUUCCUACAUCAAAUAAUGGGCUCCUAGAUCUGAGACCUUCAUUGUCCACAAUGAAUAAUGGGCUUAUAGAUUUAAGACCUGCAUAUCCACCAUCAAAUUAUGGGCUCCGACAUCUAACACCGUCAGGUCCAUCAACAAAUAGGUUCCUAGAUCUGACACCUUCAAUGCCAACAAUGAAUAAUGGGCUUAUUGAUUUAAGACCCGCAAAUCCGGCAUCAAAUUAUGGGCUCCUUGAUCUGAGACCCACAUUUCCGUCAUCAAAUAGUGGGCUCCUAGACCUAAAUCCUGCCUUUCCAUUACCACAUAAUGGACUAGAUUUGGGACCCUCAUUACCAACCUCAAAUAGUGGGCUCCUAGACUUCAGACCUUCAUUUCCAAUAACAAACUAUGGAUCUAUACAACCAAGACCGGCAUAUCCCACACCUACACCACGUCCGCAAUUUGAUGCUACGCCUCAUGUUCAGCAAGGUGGGCUUAAUACUUCUGGUUUAAGACAAAUGCAGACAGGACAAAACUACCCCAUGCCUUCAUUGCAGCCAUUUCCCCAGGAAGUGUAUAAUAAUCUACAACAAGCUAGACCAGUGCCAGUACAUUCUGGCCAUGGGGGCUUAGUUCAUCAUAGAAUGCCAUUUCUAUCUGUUUCCGCUAUCAUUGAAAAUAGUCUUAGCUAUUCCAAGCAAAAAGAUGACAACCCAAUAACCCCCUCUUUAGUUGUUGAUAAAAAACCUAUUACACAAACAAAAGAACAAGAGGGACCAAAUUUAGAUUUGCAGUUGCAUAAGCAUUUGUUGAACUCGACUUGUGGAAAUAACCUUCCUAUGAAUUUGCCAAAAAAAGAUGUAGAAACUAGUCUGAAACAGUCGGAAUCCAACCAACCUCAGCAAAUUAUAAAUAUUAAAGAUGAUGAAAAAUAUAUUUGCAUUUGCCCCCAGUGUGGGAAGAAAGGCUUUCCUAGUGAUGGUAGAUUUACUUGUAAAAGCUGUAAUGUGGUUUAUAUGAAUAUGAAUUGUGCCUAUUGUUCUUCAGGCCAGUUUGAAACACCAAAUGCUUUGCAGGAACAUCUACAAAUUUGCAGAGGAAAGUUUCUUGCAGAAAAUAGACUUAUUGGACAUACAAAUCAUGACAAACAGUCUUAUACAGAUAUAAGUUUUACCAAACAUCCUGAGAAGUGUAAUCAAGAAUCAGUAACCUCUGCUGAAACUGAGGCUAGUUUAGGCAAAGAAAAGGCUAAGAAAUUGAAACAAUGUUUUGUUCAGAUGAAAAAUGUUCUUCAAAAGCACAGUUCAAUUGUGCAGAAGAUUUACACUUCUCCUGAACAAAACAGAAUGAAGUCAAAGGCAUUAUGUGAUUCUACAGUGAUUGCCUCAUCAUUAGAAAAUUGUGCAAAUGAAGAAAAUGAUCAUGAUGUGAAAGGUAUUGACUCAGAAAGAACAAUGACUGGUGUUAAAGAAACCCAAAGUUUGGACUCAAAUGACUCCAUGUGUUCUGUAUCAAACUCUUGCGAAUAUUCCGAGUCUGAGGCAUCUGAUUCUUCAGGUUAUGAGGAGAUUGAUUUAGAUGAUGAUCAAGCAACCAUAGAUACAGUUGAAAUUGUUAAAGAGUAUCAUGAAGAAAGAUUUUCAGAAAUACCAGAUAAAAAGAGUAAUAUUAGCAAUGCUUCGGAAACUGCAAAUGGCACUGAAAGACCGAAGGGAGUGAUUACAGCAAGAGAAGCUAAAAAGCUCAUGUCAGUUGGAUUGAAUGUUAAACAACCUGGGAAAACAAUACCCAGUCCAAAAACUCCAUAUGAAAUAAGGAAAGAGAAAAUGAACAGUACAAAGGGCAAUAGCAUUAGUGAAAAUUCAGGAAAAGAGGAUAAGGGGGCCAAGCCAAGGAGUUGUAAAAAUAAUUCAAAUAGUGAGUUGAAUCAAACUAAAAUAGAUGACUUCUCAACAUCACUUAACAAAAAGAGAACAGUGGCCAAAACUAAAAUUUUGACCAAAGGGAAGUCAAAGAAAGAGACAUUUUAUCCUGGUGGCAAUGUUAGCCUUGAAAUAACGACAGAUCCUGAAAGUGAGGAUGAAUUUCAUGCCAAUACACAAAGUAGUCAGACCGUUAAAAAGGCAAUUAAAGAGGCACAUGUAAGUAAUCAUUCAGAAACUCUAAGCACUGAUAACUUUGUAAGUGAUGAUGAUUCAGAAACUGAAAGCACUGAUACAUACGAAUCUGAGUAUGAGUCUUUUACAGAGAUUGAUUUCGUGUCUAGUGCAAAUGAAAAAGAAAAGUCGUCACAUGCAACUGACAAAAGUAAGAGAAAAAAAUCAUAUAAACAACCUGUACAUGACAAACGAAAGAGAAAGCCUACCAAACAAUCAAGAAAAAGGCUUCGCUUGGAAAGAGUUGCUAAGAGAAAGGCUAAAGUUAUUGCUGAAAAUACAGAUACUGAAUCGAGUGAUGAAAACGAAAUUGCUCACAGGAGCUCUAGAAUAAAGGCUAGAAUGCUAGGUGUGACAAUUGCAGAUAAUCUGUCUAGCGAUGAAAGUGAGACAGUUAUUGUACCACGAGUCACUAGAUCAAAGGACAAGACAAAAGUGAAUGAAAAGCAAAAGAACAAUAGAAGGUUGAACACUGGCAAGAAUGUGACACUUUCAAAGGACAGUGUCAUACAAAACACACUUAAAAGAAUGUUAGAUGAACAUAAUGAUGAAAGUGAAAACAUGGAAAAGGAAGAUGAAGAUGCUGUUAAUGAGGAAAGUAGUAAUGUGAACGAAGAUGAUAUGAGUGAAAAUGACUUUAAUUUCAUGGCUUACAGGACUAGAAAGAUGGCUGGCCUGUAUUCUUGUAAAAAGUGUUCCAAGUCUUUCAGGACAUUAUAUACUCUUGCUAAACAUAUGAGAACCCACUCUUCAGCCAGCAUAAAUGAGUCAGCAGAUUUAACUGGUGGGAACUCAGAUAUUUGUGUCGAGCUAGUUUCAACACCCAACAAGGUGAUUAGAAAUACUCAUGGAAUAUCUUCAGCACAAGUCGAGGUUACAAAGGAGAUACCUGCUCCAGAACAUAAUGUGAAUGUAACAGAUAUUAGUAAAUCAAGUGAUGGAACUGUUCCUAUGGAAUUCAUUUGUGGUAUAUGUGGUGUUAAGUUUGAAACUGAGGUAUUGCUUGAUAUUCACUGGAAGAUGCACACCUCUUCUCCUCUGAAGGGCCAGUUCGAGUGUGGCAUCUGUAAGGCUGUGUAUCACAGCUCCGAACACCUUGAAAGGCAUGUUUUUACACAUAAUCCUGCAACUAUGGGGAAACCGUUUUCUAUAUUCAUACAAAAUUCGGAAGUUUCAACUGAUGAAGAAUUUAUCUGUGGUGUUUGCCAGUGCAAGUUUGCUGUUGCUGAAGAACUGCAUUCUCACAUUAUUUCUCAUUCAUCAACCGUUUUUUGCCAAUCGUGUAAUCAACCAUUUGCAUCACUGUCAGAAUUGAACAAUCACUAUGCUCAAGAACAUGGACCACAAAUUGAACAUUCAUGUAGUACCUGUUCUGUUGCUUAUAAGACUGAUGAUGAGUUAAAGGUUCAUAUGCAAGAUCAUACAAAACUAGUUGCUUCUCAAAGAAAAGUCACUAGUGAUGUAGUAGUUGAGAAGAUGCAAGCGGAUAGUUGUAGUUUAGAAUUAGCUGGUAAAGCAGAAAUCAAAACAGAAGGACAGAAAACCAACUGUGAUGUUCAUCUUACUACUACUAUGAAUAAAUUAUCUGCAAAACUUGUAGACAAAAAAGUAGCUGUAAUGGAGCCUAAGGGAAAUGAUGAAGAUGUGAAGGAACAAAAAGAAAAGGAUGUAAAGAAUCCCAAUGACGAGGAAUUGAGGGUGAAGGAACAGAAGGAAAGGAAAUUGAAGGUGAAGAAAUUAAAUGAACAGAGAGAAAAGGAAUUGAAAAAGAAGGAAUUGAAGGUGAAGGAAUUGAAGGAAAAGGAAUUGAAGAAACAGAAGGAAAAGAAAUCGAAGGUGAAGGAAUUGAAUGAACAAAAUGAGAAGGAAAAGGAACAGAAAAAGGAAUUGGAAGAUAAACAAAACAAAGUUGUGGAAGAAGCAGAGAAGAAGAAAAACAUUUCAAAGUUAUUAAGUUACAAGAUUAAGUUCUUCUAAAAUAUGAUUUUUGAACAUGUAUUUUUUAAUUCCUUUGUAAAAAUAUGUGUUAGCGAAAUGUGUACAAUAAGUUUAAGUGCUUUUUUUAACUGUAAAUAGUUUUGUUGUAAAACAGGUGUUACUUAAUUACCUGUGUAGUGAGAGUUGUGUAUGAUAAAAGGCCAACUAAAGGACUGGAAUUGAAACUGUUUUUUUUAUCUCUAUUGAUACUGCUGAUUGUUUCAUGUUGAAUUUUGAAAACAUAGGCAAUGUGGGAAUCUCAAAAGUAUUGUGUUAUGACCAUUUUCUAAGCUAAUAUGUAAUUUUACUGUAAUUAUUCACCGACAGGUUUUAAUUGAACGAAUCCUUCUAUUCAAUCCCAAUUUACGCAGGUUAGGCAUUGAGGCCUUCAUUUAAAUAUUUCUUUUUUUAAGUAUUUUGAUAAAGGCAUGGCAAAGAGUAAAUGCAUGAUGUUUAAUUUUCAUUGCUCACUACAUAUCAUUUACCGUACUAUUUGACUGCGCCAUUGUUACAUGUAUUUAUGAUAAAUUCCAACCGCUUUAAUUGGUAACCAUGACAUUGUACUUGUAACAUUAUUUAUCAUUAUCGUCAUCAAGAUUUUAAAUCAUUUUCACCAAAAUAAAAUUUUGUUCAAUAACAUUGUUUAGUAACAUUGUUCAGUAACAUUAAAAAAGUGAAAUGAAGGGUGAUAUUAAAAAAAGUAAAAGCUUUUAGUAUACCUAAGAAAUAUGGUAUAUACUGGCUUAUUAUUAAUAUUUUAUUAAACUGCAAUGUUUUAAGAGUUUUAUUGUUGAUGUGUCAUUUAAUGAAGUGCUGUUGAUAUAUAUAUCAUUUAUUAUUUAUAUACAUCAUGUCUAUUCUUUGAAGUUUUCUACCUCUCUUUUAAUAAGAUUAUGCAUUGUGUUUUUUUACGAUCCUCAGUUUGAAAUUGAAAUUGAAACAUGACAAAGUUGUAUGUAUUUGUUUUUUAUUGAAUAUAAUUUACGCAAUGCAGUUCUAUUUCUUGUGUACCAUAUGUAUAAUGAUUUCUGUUGUUAUUAUUCAAGAUGUUAAUGUUUAUUAAAGUUGCGGGGUCGCGCAUAAAAUCCGUUCUCUUAUCUUUAAGGUCAAGGUCAAUGUAUUUCAU